GUCCUGCAUCCUCAGCGAGGUGUCCACGCGCUCCCGCUCUAAGCUACCUUCGGGGAAGAACGUCCUCCUGCUGGGUGAAGAUGGAGCAGGUAAAACUAGCUUGAUAGGAAAAAUUCAAGGAAUAGAGGAAUACAAAAAAGGAAGAGGAAUGGAGUAUUUGUAUUUAAGUGUGCAUGAUGAAGAUCGAGAUGACCAAACAAGAUGUAAUGUAUGGAUUUUGGAUGGUGACCUGUAUCACAAAGGCCUUCUUAAAUUUGCGAUGGAGGCAAGCUCUCUAAAGGACACUCUAAUUAUGCUGGUAGUAGACAUGUCUAGGCCUUGGACUGCACUGGAUUCUUUGCAAAAAUGGGCAAGUGUUGUAAGAGAACAUAUUGACAAGUUAAAAAUUCCUCCUGAAGAAAUGAAAGAAAUGGAACAAAAGUUGGUAAGAGACUUCCAGGAAUAUGUAGAACCAGGCGAGGAUUUUCCAGCUUCUCCACAGAGAAGAAAUACUUCAUUACAGGAAGACAAAGAUGACAGUGUGAUUUUACCCCUGGGUGCAGAUACACUAACAUGUAACUUAGGCAUUCCAGUAGUAGUAGUUUGUACAAAGUGUGAUGCCAUCAGUGUUCUGGAAAAAGAGCACGACUACAGAGAUGAACACUUCGACUUCAUUCAGUCACAUAUCAGACGGUUUUGCUUACAAUAUGGGGCAGCACUUAUUUACACUUCAGUAAAGGAGAACAAAAACAUUGAUUUAGUGUAUAAAUAUAUAGUCCAGAAGUUGUAUGGAUUUCCUUUCAAUGUUCCAGCUGUUGUUGUGGAAAAAGAUGCAGUAUUUAUUCCUGCAGGUUGGGAUAAUGACAAGAAGAUAGGCAUACUGCACGAGAACUUUCAGACACUAAAAGCAGAAGACAGUUUUGAAGACAUCAUAACUAAACCACCAGUCAGAAAGUUUGUUCAUGAAAAAGAAAUUGUAGCAGAAGAUGACCAAGUGUUUCUAAUGAAGCAGCAGUCACAGUUGGCGAAACAACCACCUACUGCUGCAGGAAGGCCAGUGGAUGCUUCUCCAAGAGUUCCUGGUGGAUCUCCGAGGACACCAAAUAGAUCUGUAACAUCAAACGUUGCCAGUGUUACACCUAUCCCAACUGGGUCAAAAAAAAUUGAUCCCAAUAUGAAAGCUGGAGCUACCAGUGAAGGCGUCCUGGCUAACUUCUUCAAUAGUCUCCUGAGCAAGAAAACUGGUUCCCCUGGUGGCCCCGGUGGUGUUGGUGGCAGUCCAGGAGGAGGUGGCACUGGAGGUGCUGGCAGCAACUUGCCACCAUCAGCAAAAAAGUCAGGUCAGAAGCCAGUUUUAACAGAUGUUCAGGCAGAAUUGGACAGAAUUUCACGAAAGCCUGAAAUGGUUUCUCCUACAACACCUACAUCUCCCACAGAAGGUGAAGCAUCUUGAAGACACCAAAUAAAACCAAUUGUUCAGUUUUCUGGGAUAAUUCAAACUUGCCUCUGCCUCUUCCUUCAGUGACUGGAACUAAAGAACUGAAAUACCUUUCAGAACACAAACAGUUGAUGUCUGUCUUUCUUUCAUAUGUGUUGCCCAGCUUUACAAAAGGGAGCUGUACAGAUGGAAAACGGUUAUCACCUAAUCGUGUAGGAGUACUGUUCACAGUGCAAGAAUAGUAAAUUAAUUUUUUUUUUCUGGGUUUUGUUGGUAAGUCAGUGUAAUUCUGUAAGUAUGUCCACUUAAGUGAUAGGGGUUGCUUAGAGCAGGAAAACUGAUACACACCACAGGCACUUAAUUUAUAUUGAUUUCCCAACCUGUUAGGCAAGUUUAAUACUGUCUUAAAUAGAUUAACCUCUACAGCAGAGAACAACUACUAGCUUUUGGAAGAGAAGAUUAAUGGCACAAAGCUGUAACGACAACAACAAACUCCAGUUAUACUUGAACACUUCAUUUGGAGUAUGGUUAAAAAAAUCUGUUUGAUCUCCACUGAGAUUUACACUGCAUUCAAAAAUUCAUUCCAGAUAUGAGAUUAAACUAGUGGCCAGUUUUGGGUUUGGGUUUUUUUCCUUUGAUUAAUUUCAGACACUGAAUAAAAGAUGUAUAAAGAAAAAGCAGAGGUUAAAUGUACAGAUUAUCAGUAUCCAGAUUUGUCUAUAUAUAUAUGGCUCAGCCUUAAGGUCCCCCACUAUGUUUCCCACAUUAGUUAUGGUUUAAAAUUGGUCAUCAAAACUGUAAUCAGUUAAUAAAGUAUUCUCUGCAUUCAAAUUUAAAUAACUUCCA